AUGAAGUUGAUUGAGACUGAGAGAGCCCGUAUGGUGAGUUUCUCAAAAAGAAAAAAAACUUUGUUCCAGGAUGCAAAUAAGUUUGCAACUCAGACUGGAACAUAUGUUGGUGUUAUGCUCUUUUCACCAAGUGGAAAAUCAUGUUCCUAUGGCUCUACAAGCAUAGAAGAAAUAAUUGAUAAAUUUCUCAAAGUGAAACAAAAGGAUCGCAAAUGUGAUUAUGCUGAGGGAAAAUCAAAUGGUUUUGAGGCAUUGGAAGAUCUCCAUAAAGAAUUGCAAGCAUUGAACGAAAAAGAGAAAAAACGAAUACUAAUGCAUAAGAUUAUGCACCGUGGCUCAGAAAUACCUUCAGAUAAACACAUGGAGGAGCAGAAGCUGGCAUUGAAGUUGCGGGUAGAGAAAAUUAAAAAAGAAAUACAAAGUGCUAGCAUCUGA